GUUACAACACAGGAACCAGAAAAUCCCAGGGGUUACCGCUCCAUUUAAAUAUAGACUUACAGCAACAAUAUCCAGAUCUAAUUGUGGGUCACUGUAGAUAUGUUGGUCAAAUUUGCAAUAGCGCUGUUGGUGCUCUCAGUCUUUGAACAAGUAGUGGGGACGGAUAAUAUCGAUUUUCAUGACAAUCCUCCAGAAAAACCGGCCAGCCAGAAAGGACGUCUCUCUCUACAGAAUACAGCUGAGAUCCAGCACUGUCUGGUGAACGCGGGCGAUGUUGGCUGUGGCGUUUUCGAGUGUUUCGAGAACAACUCGUGCGAGAUCCGUGGCCUGCAGGAGAUCUGCAUGACCUUCCUGCACAACGCCGGCAAGUUCGACUCGCAGGGUAAAUCCUUCAUCAAGGAUGCGCUGAAGUGCAUGGCCAAUGGCCUGCGCCACAGGUUCGGCUGCAUCAGUCGCAAGUGCCUGACCAUCAAGGACAUGGUGUUUCAGCUGCAGCGCGAGUGCUACAUCAAGCACAACCUAUGCUCGGCCGCCAAGGACAACGUCAACGUCAUGGUGGAGAUGAUCCACUUCCAAGACCUGUUCCCCAAAGGGCCGUAUGUGGAACUGGUGAACAUCCUCCUGAGCUGCGGCGAGGAAGUAAAGGAGGCCAUCACGCGCAGUGUGAGGUCGCAGUGCGAGCAGAACUGGGGCGCCCUGUGUGAGAGCCUGACCCUGUGCUCGCCCGUGCCCAACGCUCAGGCGCCCGGGGCCCCGGGGGGACCCCCAGAUCGCCGCCCCCACGGAGCCAGCAGCGGCGCCGCCACGCUCCCCGCGCUCUCCGACCUGGACAACCCCAAAGGCUCCCGGCACGAGAAGGACAAGGCUAGCAAAGGGGGCUACAACGCGCAAACCAGGAUUCGCGGACAGGGGUCCCGCCGCGCCAGCCUGGAGCCCGGGAUCAAGCAGGAGGACCCCGAGACCACCGACAUCCGGAGGUGAAAGAGCAGGAGACCAAAGUCCGGACCAUGACACCAACAUCCCUGUCCCCAGCACACAAACAGACUGAGCAUCAGGACAACAGAUCUACCCCCCCUUAACCCCCCCUCACCCGAAACAACAACCCCCCCCCCCCUCACACCUCUCCACCCUCUCUUUCUCCCCCUUGUCCACAGUCAUUCCAGCACUCUCAAAUUGUACAUUUUUUGCAGGGUAUUCGGUGUAGUUCCUU